AGAGAGCCACAUGAGCUGAUGAUGUAAACAACUGCAGUGCGAGGCUGGUCUGUCUUUAUGAGCGAGAGCAGCAGCCCUUCACAGUCACACAGCAGAUCAUGCCCCACGAACCCGACCCUCCUCCGGCCAAGAGAUUUAAGCCGGGCUCACCUUUCUUCCGCCUGGAUAAGAAGCCGGGCAUGCUGCUCCCCCGGGCGGGACACGCGGCCGCCGGCGUGGAGGCGCAGCGGAGACACUUGCCGAUAUACCAGAGUCGGACACAGGUGAUCAGCCAGCUCCGACAGCUCCACAGCGCCGUGUUCAUCGGUGAGACAGGCUCCGGUAAAACCACUCAGAUCCCACAGUACCUGUAUGAGGCGGGCAUCGGCCGGCAGGGCAUCAUCGCCAUCACUCAGCCCCGCCGGGUCGCUGCCAUAUCACUGGCCGGUCGAGUGGCUGAAGAGAAGAAAGUGCAGCUGGGGAAACUGGUGGGCUACACGGUGCGCUUCGAGGAUGUCACAUCACCAGAGACCAAGCUGAAGUUCAUGACGGAUGGGAUGCUGCUGCGCGAGGCCAUUGGAGAUCCACUGUUACUGCGGUAUACUGUGGUGAUCCUGGACGAGGCUCACGAGAGAACUGUACACACUGAUGUGCUGUUCGGUGUGGUAAAGGCCGCGCAGCGCAGACGCUUGGAGCAGAAUAAAAUACCACUCAAGGUGGUGGUGAUGUCUGCCACUAUGGACGUGGAUUUGUUCUCUCAGUACUUCAACAAGUCUCCCGUUCUGUAUCUGGAGGGCCGACAGCAUCCUAUUCAGAUCUACUACACCAAACAGCCACAGUCUGACUAUCUGCAGGCGGCGCUCGUCUCCAUAUUCCAGAUCCACCAGGAAGCUCCGUCGUCUCAUGAUAUCCUGGUGUUCCUUACGGGUCAGGAGGAGAUCGAGGCUCUGGCGCGCACCUGCCGGGACAUCUCCAAACACCUGCCGGACACCAGCGGGAGCAUGACUGUGGUGCCGCUCUACGCCUCACUGCCACCUGCACAACAGAUGCGUGUGUUCCUGCCCGCACCCAAGGGCUCCAGGAAAGUGAUUCUGUCCACCAACAUUGCUGAAACCUCCAUCACCAUCUCCGGCAUCAAGUACGUCAUCGACACCGGCAUGGUGAAGGCCAAGCGCUUCAACCCAGACAGUGGUCUGGAGGUGCUGGCGGUGCAGCGUGUGUCUAAGGCUCAGGCAUGGCAGCGUGCAGGUCGAGCCGGUAGAGAAGACGCCGGAUCCUGUUAUCGUCUCUACACUGAAGACGAGUUCGAGAAUCUCGCCAACAUGACCGUUCCAGAGAUCCAGAGGUGUAAUCUGGCCAGUGUGGUCCUGCAGCUCCUGGCUCUGGGUGUUCCUGACGUCCUCAACUUUGAUUUUGUGUCCAAACCGUCGCCUGAGUCGAUGCGGACGGCAGUGGAGCAGCUCUGUAUCCUCGGAGCCGUCGACAGGAAAGAUGAUCAUGUUUCUUUAACGCCGCUGGGCAAGAAAAUGGCCUGUUUCCCUCUGGAGCCUCGAUUCUCUAAAACUCUCCUGAUCUCUCCCGAUUUCUCCUGCACUGAGGAGAUUCUGACCAUCAUCUCUCUGCUGUCUGUGGACUCUGUGCUCUACAAUCCUCCGGCCCGCAGAGACGAGGUCAUCUCCGUCCGCAAGAAGUUCAUCUCCAGCGAAGGCGACCACAUCACUCUCCUCAACAUCUACAGGGCCUUCAAGAAAGUCAGCGGGAACAAGGACUGGUGUCGAGAGAACUUUGUGAACAGCAGGAACAUGGGGCUGGUGGGAGAGGUUCGAGCUCAGCUCAGAGACAUCUGUAUCAAGAUGAACCUGAAGCUGGAGUCGUCGGUGUGUGAUCUGGCGAAUGUGCGCCGCUGUCUCGCUCACGGUUUGUUCAUGAGCGCAGCAGAACUGCAGCCGGACGGAUCAUACGUGGCUCUGGACACACACCAGCCCGUCAGCAUACACCCGUCCUCUGUGCUGUUCCAGGCGCGGCCGGUGUGUGUGUUGUUCAACGAGCUGCUGCACACGUCACGCUGCUACAUGCGGGAUCUGUGUCUCAUACAGACUGACUGGCUGCACGAGGCCGCGCCAGAGUACUUCAGGAGGAAACUGCGCGCAAUCAAGAGCUAA